AUGCCGCAAAUCGAAGAGCUCCCCGACGACUUCGAUGAGUCCAUCGAUCUCAACAAGCAGCCAAAGCCCGCUGCAGACCUCCCCGGCAUGCCGCCCGGCGCGGACCAGAUCCCUUUCCCGAUAAAUGAGGAGCGCAUGAAGGAGCUCGAGGCGAUGGAUCCGUUGGCGCCAAAGAUGCCACCGAAUAUGGCGUCGGUCAAAUCGCAUACGAAGGAGGAGUUGUUGGAUAUGAUGAAUAAGACGCCUUUGUUCAUGACGGAUAUUAGCCAGGCGGGAGAUGAAAAUGGCGAAAAUUGGAUGCUUGAUGCUCUCCACGCCCUGCAGAACGAAGGUACCCGUGGCGAAGUUGCGCAGAAUUUUCGCGAACAAGGAAACGAAGCGGCCAGAGAGAAGAGGUGGAUCGAUGCGAAAGAGUUCUAUACCAAAGCGAUCGCGGUAAUUCUAGUCAAGGAGGACAAGUGGGAUAAACCAGAGGAUCCUGAAGAGGAGGCAAAGCUGUUGCGCCAGGCGGAGGAGGCAUCGUACAUCAACCGCGCGCUGUGCCAUUUGGAACUGAGGAACUACCGCUCGUGUACUCUUGACUGCGCAUCUGCCCUCAAGCUCAACCCCAGGAAUACCAAGGCAUUCUAUCGUUCUUCAACAGCGCUAUACGCCCUCGACAAGAUUCCCGAAGCCGAAGACGCCGCUUCUCGCGGUCUCGAGCUUGAUCCCGAAAACAAACCCAUCCAAGCGACAGCCAAGAAGAUCGCGGAACGCAAGGCCGCACUGGAGCGCAUCGCAGCCAAGAAGAAGGCCGAAGCUGACAGAAUCCGCAAAGAAACACAACUCCUCAGCGUCGCUCUGAAGGCUCGAGAGAUCCGCACCCGCAAGACAGGACAACCGCCAGAGAUGGAGGAUGCGGGGAUACGCUUGAGCCCUGACCCUCUUUCGCCUGAAAGUACCCUCGAAUUCCCCGCUGUGUUCUUGUACCCCACGGAUGCGCAGUCGGAUUUCAUCAAGGCAUUUUCGGAGAUGCACUCUAUUGAGGACCACUUGGAUUACAUUUUCCCGUUGCCGUGGGACACGAAGAAGGAAUACACCAUCGACAAUGUGGAGUGCUAUAUGCAGACCGUUACCGGUGGGUUGAUCAAGGCUGGUAAGAAGCUGCCUCUUCUGCAGAUCCUGAGCGGAGGCAAGGUCGAGGUUGUCGAUGAGCUGGUGACGAUCUAUGUGGUGCCGUCGUCGAAGACUGGGAGGUUCAUCUCGGAGAUGAAGGCCAGAAAGGAGAGUGGAAGCUGA